GUCAGAUUUUUACAGUCAAGGAAGAUAAUUGAUCUAUAUAGGAUCGUUUUUAUUUGACGAAGAAAAUGCCUCCACCAUUUGCAACAGGUCUGCAAGAGCUGCUGGGAGAGGGAAGCUUCGUUGAUGUUAGAAUUAGCUGCUCAGAUCACUCUCCGAGCGAUGGUCUCGGAUCCCACAAGAUCGUACUUGCCGGAGCUAGUCCGGAGUUGCUAGGAACCUGUCUGGAUACCGGAGAAGAGGAGGAUUUGGUUUGUAUCCUGCUUCCGGAUUUCUCCUCCUCUCUGGUUGCAUCCGUUCUGUCAAUACUCUACUACGGAGAGGUUUGGUUAAGCAAUCUCUCUCAUCAUAUAGAGACGGUGAAUAGUUUAUUCCGAGCUCUAGGAUUAGAUAUGAUAAUACUAAGAACAAGAGAUGAAAUAAAAUUAGUGAAACUAUCAUUUUUCGUAUCAAAGAAGAACACCAACUCAUCCGAGAAAAUAAAGAUGGAACCCUGUACUGAAGCUGUAUCUCAAACUAACAUUAUAAAUAUUAAAAAAGAAGUACUGAACGGGUCCGCGGUAAAACAAGGAUUUUUCCCGACCGUUGAGACCGCAACUGUCCCCUCCUCCUCCCUACUCAAGUGUCCUUAUCUUAGCUGUGAGUUUCAUGCGGAAUCUAUUCCUGAAAUGCAAACCCAUAUUUACGAGUGCAAGCAGAAUCAACGAAACGCAACGCAAUUUACAGAGUCAGUUCAUCAUGUAGAUAUUGAACCUGUUAAUCUCAGUAUUAAGAGAGAGCAAACUACUGGUGGAGUAAAACUUGAAUCAUUGGAACCAGAUCCAUUGGAGCGGAGUAGUUAUACAGAGGAGAGCAAACCAGACCAUUUCAAGACUUGUUCCCCUGUGAAGCGGGAUAAUCUGAAGCUUGAAAUAGAUUCCGAAGAAGAGGUUGAUAAUCCUGAUGAUAAGGAAGACAGUGGUGAAGAGGAACUUGAACUAGAGGAUAGACAGGUUCAGUGUGUAAAGUGUCCAUAUAGUACCCGGAGUCUUAGUGCUCUUCAAGCUCAUGUAUCCAUGCAUCAGAGGAAGGAUUUCCUCAAGGAAACCAAGAACACGUGUCCGGUCUGUAAUCUCAAGUUUCAAUCCUUGGCAGAGCUGAAGAAGCACAUGUUGGAGAACUACUCCCGGCAGGACUCCUCCUCCUCCUCCUCCUCCUGCUCCUGUAUUCUCCCGGAUUGCCGGAAAAUAAUCCCAACCAACAACAGUUCUAAACUUCAAUUGUUCUACCAUCAUGUACUAUAUGAGCACUAUGGGAGCAAGUAUAAACUAAAAUGUGAUUUCUGCUCUUUUCGUUCCAUCUCCAGUAGCAGGCUUAAGGAUCAUCUCAUGCUCCACGCAGACGAGAGACCAUACUCCUGUUCAACCUGCCACCACGGGUUCAGAUCUCGAACACACCUGACAGAGCACGAAGCCGCCGUUCAUCUGAAGGAAAAGAUGAUUGAGUGCACCAAAUGUAAUCUCAAGUUUUCAACUCAACAGCUUCUAAACAAACACAACAAACAGAAACAUUUAGACGAUCUUUAUCCAUGUGAUGUUUGUGAAAAAGUUUUUUCAACUAAAAGUGCGUUGAGAUGUCACAGAAACAACGUUCACAAUGCUAAGCCAAGUGUUGAAUUGAUCUGUGAUCAAUGUGGGGACAGUUCACCACAGUGUCGGUGUAAAGUAGAGGACGGAGAGAAAACUCUAUUUUGUCCGGAGUGCGGGAAAGAAGUGUUCUCUAAGAACCUAUCAGGACAUAUGCAUUAUCAUAGACAGUCCUCGCUCCGUCCUUAUAUCUGUCAGGAAUGCUCUAAAACAUUCACUCACCCUGCUAGUCUGAAGCGACAUGCUCUCAUCCAUACCGGAGAAAAGAAAUUUUCAUGUAACCAGUGCGGAAAACAAUUUUAUCAGAAAGUCGCUUUCGAAACCCAUCUGAAAUCUCAUUCGGAGGAACGAAUAACCUGCAAGGGUUGCAAUAAACGCUUUCUGACAAGAUACUUGUUAAACUUUCAUCUUAAAUCUCGUAAACAUUGUAAUUCUGUUUAUAAUUUAUGAGAUUUCAGAA